AUGAAUGGUGCUCGGUGCCCAUCUCAGCGUGGUGCUCGUGGGGUGCAGUGCCGUGGUGCAGAUCCCUCUCCCAGCGUGCCUUCGGAGUCUGUGAACAAGGAUUCUCUGAUGAAAGAGCGUCUCCUGCUGUCCAUCUUACCCAAGCACAUCGCAGACGAGAUGCUUCAGGACAUGAAGAAGGAAGCCAGUCAGAAAGAGAUGCAGCAGUUCAACACCAUGUACAUGUAUCGGCACGAGAACGUCAGCAUUCUGUUCGCAGACAUCGUGGGCUUCACUCAGCUGUCCUCGUUCUGUAGCGCGCAGGAGCUGGUGAAGCUGCUGAACGAAUUGUUCGCCCGUUUCGACAAGCUAGCAGAUAAAUACCACCAGUUGAGGAUCAAGAUUCUGGGCGACUGCUAUUACUGUAUUUGUGGCCUUCCAGAUUACCGGGAUGACCAUGCGGCCUGCUCCAUCAUGAUGGGUUUAGCCAUGGUUGAGGCCAUUUCAUACGUUCGAGAGAAGACGCAGACGGACGUGGACAUGCGUGUCGGGGUGCAUUCUGGGACGGUUUUGGGAGGCGUGCUCGGACAGAAGCGCUGGCAGUAUGACGUGUGGUCGACUGACGUGACGGUGGCUAACAAGAUGGAGGCAGGAGGAAUACCAGGGCGAGUGCACAUCUCCCAGAAUACCCUGGAGUGUCUGCAUGGAGAGUUUGACGUGGAGCCGGGGAACGGAGGAGACCGCUGCGAGUACCUGAAGGAAAGGGGCAUUGAGACGUACUUGGUGGUGGUGCCCAAGGGACCCGUGGGUAAAAACGGCAUCAACGGGGUAAAGCUUUCGGUGACGUCGUCUAAUGGGAAUUCUCCAUUGCUGAUCAACACUACGGAGUGCAAUGGGAGCGUCCACACGGCCUGUACCACACCGGAGGAGCCGGAGGAGCUGGACACGCGGGUGGUGAACCCCUCGUUUCCAAACCCUCGGCGUCGUUUGCGUCUGCGUGAUCUGGCUGAGAGAGUGAUCGACGCUCAGGAGAACGAACAGGAGCUCAACAAACUCCUCAAUGAAGCGCUGCUGGAGCGAGAGACAGUACAGGCGCUGAAAGGGAAGCACACUAAUCGUCUGUCUCUGCGCUUUACUGAUCCGGAGCUGGAGACGCGCUUCUCGGUGGAGAAGGAGAAGCAGAGCGGAGCGGCGUUCAGCUGCUCUUGUGUGGUGCUGCUCUUCACCGCCGUCAUGGAGGCUCUCAUUGACCCCUGGUUGGUUGCAAACUAUGUGACUCUGGCUGUAGGUGAAGUCUUGCUUCUCAUUCUUACUGUCUGUUCGCUGGCAGCUAUUUUCCCACGGGUAUUUCCAAAGAGAUUGGUGUCGUUCUCCACUUGGAUUGAUCACACGCGCUGGGCUCGCAACACUUGGGCCAUGGCGGCCAUCUUCAUAGUCACAAUGGCCGACAUAGUAGAUAUGUUGAGCUGUCGUCCACCAGAGUCCUCCACAAAUGAGGCGACUGCGGUCACUCCUGUCACUCUGUCCGCCAGCGGCUGUUCGGAGAAUCCUAAAUACUACAGCUACAUCGCAGUGCUGGCUCUCAUCGCCACCACCAUGCUGGUGCAGGUCAGUCACAUGGUCAAACUCACCCUCAUGCUGCUGAUCACCGGAGCUACAGGUGUGGUCAACAUCUACAGCUGGAGGGACAUCUUUGACCUGUACGAUCUGACGCGCUUUAAAGAAUACAGAGUUCAUCUUGUGCCCUCCAAAUACACCAUGAGUGUGAUGAUCUUCAUCAUGAUGGUCAGCUUCUACUACUUCUCCCGACAUGUGGAGAAGCUGGCACGCACGCUGUUCCUGUGGAAGAUUGAAGUGCAUGAGCAGAAGGAGAAGGUGUACGAGAUGCGACGCUGGAACGAGGCUCUGGUCACUAAUAUGCUUCCGGAGCACGUCGCCCGGCAUUUCCUGGGCUCCAAGAAGAGGGAUGAGGAGCUCUACAGCCAGUCCUACGAUGAGAUUGGAGUCAUGUUCGCCUCCAUCCCAAACUUCUCUGAUUUCUAUACGGAGGAAAGCAUCAACAAUGGCGGGAUUGAGUGUCUGAGGUUCCUCAAUGAAAUCAUUUCCGAUUUUGAUAGCCUUUUAGACGAGCCGCAGUUUCGCUGUAUAACCAAGAUCAAGACUAUUGGCAGCACCUACAUGGCAGCAUCAGGAGUCACUUCAGACAAUAACACUAACGGUUAUGCUUGUAUGAAGAAAGAAGCGAUUUCAGACCGGGAACGGUGGCAGCACUUGGCAGAUCUUGCUGAUUUUGCUCUGGCCAUGAAAGUCACGUUGAUGAACAUCAACUACCAGUCCUUCAAUAACUUCAUGCUCCGCAUCGGGUUGAAUAAAGGGGGCGUUUUGGCUGGUGUUAUCGGGGCCCGUAAACCUCAUUUUGACAUCUGGGGAAACACUGUGAAUGUCGCCAGUCGCAUGGAGUCCACAGGGGUGAUGGGAAACAUCCAGGUGGUGGAGGACUGCUACUGCAUCCUGAAGGACUACGGCUUCCGCUUCGUCAGGAGAGGACCCAUAUUCGUCAAGGGGAAAGGAGAGCUGCUCACCUACUUCCUAAAGGGACGUGAAAAACAAGGCUCCUUCAUUAACGGCUCUUUUGUCACCCUGCCGCACCAAGUGGUGGACAGCUCUUGACCGACACGCGCACACACACUGUCCUACACAAAACUCUUGCUCGCGCACACCUCACCUCGUACCUCUUCUGCCGAGUACAUGUGCUCCAGUAAUUAGUACUUUCAAAUGUGUUUUCUCUAUUUAUUAGGCUGAGGGAAGAAAUGUUGGCAGAGACUUUCUGUUUAUAUGAGAGAAGUACUAUAUAAUAUACAUGUUGGAAGUGUGCACAGAGAUGAAUGAAUGAAAUCAAACAAGCUCAAUGGUUUUAUUAGGUUGCUAAAGAGAUGAACAGGUUGUUUUUAAACUCAAACCGCACCGAAUACAAUGAACUCUACUGUAUAUUACGCACUGCGCUGCUCAAAGGAACCGAUGAAUUACCUAUUUUUGUUCUUCUUUUAUUUGAAAUAAUUUCAUUAUUUAAUCCUUUAUUUAAAGAUUGCCCUGAAAGUCCCUGAUAUAUCUGAAUGUUGUUUGCCAUUGAAAAGCCUUUGCCUCUCAUGAAAGU